GUCGUGGUCUCGCAGGUUUUAAGUUUCAGGCGACAUGUCAGACGAUGGUCCUGCAGCGAACGAUGCAGAGCCGCUCUUGCCUCCAACAGAGAAACGAGGACGGUUGGCUAGUUCUCAAUCGGACACGGAGGAGGACGAUCCGAUGUACCAUCAUUCGAUUCAGAACUCCUACACAAGCAUGAGUGAACUCUCUCACAGUUUGACGGUCGAGGAGACACGCACUCUACAAGAGAAAUCCGUAGAACUGAGAUCACAGCAUCCCAUUAGUAAUUCUGAAACAUUUGUGCAUUUCAUAAAAUGCAAUAUCGGCACUGGAAUACUUGGACUUCCGCAAUCGAUCAAGCAGUCUGGAUUAAUUUUGGGUCCUCUUGUUCUUACUGCAAUGUCCCUCAUUUGUAUUUGGUGCAUAUAUCUUCUUGUGCAGUGUGCUCACACAUUGACCAGAAGAAAUCGAGUGAAAGCGCUGGACUAUGGAGAUGUAGCAUAUACAUCAGCGUUGCCUUUCGGUCGAAACUGGGCAUUUAUUUUCAAGCUAAUAGUCAACUCUUUUCUGCUGAUCACUCAGUUUGGAUUUUGUUGUGUCUACGUUGUUUUUUUAGCUGAGAACAUUGCACAGGUUCUUGGGGCAUGUGGUGUUGGUAUUAAUCCAGACUGCCCUAACACAGCCCGUUGGUUCAUUGCUGCAAUCGUCGUUCCACUUGUACUUUUAUCUUUUGUCCGAAAUUUGGAUCACUUGUCACCACUCUCUGGGAUUGCCAACAUGUCAAUGAUAUUCGGUCUUGGGGCUAUAAUGUACUACAGCUACUCACAUCUCAAUCUUCCUAAAGAAGAGGGUUUUGGAGGUCCAGUCAACGAGCUUCCUCUGAUAGCUCCAGUGCUUCAGUGGCCUUUGUUUUUUGGAACGGUCGUUUAUUCUUUUGAGGCUAUUGGAAUUGUGCUUCCAUUGGAGAAUAAGAUGAAGCAUCCAAAAGACUUUUACAGGAUCAUGCUCUCAUCAAUGACCCUGAUCACCAUUGUGUACGUUGUCUUCAGUGUAUCUGGCUAUCUCUGUUUUGGUGAGAAUAUCAGGGGCAGCAUUCCACUGAAUUUGCCUGAAGCAGGAAAUAGCAACUGGAUUUAUGCUGUUGUGAAACUGUAUCUGUGCUUUGCAAUCUUCACCAGCUAUGCAUUACAGUUUUAUGUCCCAAUCACUAUAUUGGAGGGUGUGAUUAAGCAGACAAGAAUUUCACGCUAUCAACGUUUUCCAUACAUUCUUCGCACUGUAGCAGUUGUCGGUACAGCGGCAUUGGCUGUUGCCAUACCUCGGAUUGAAUUGUUUAUAUCACUCAUUGGAGCAGCCAGUAGUAGUUCCCUAGCUCUCAUCAUUCCACCUAUUGUUUACAUCCUCACCUUUCAUAACCAAAAAGCAUUCAAGAUUCGUUGUACAAAGAUUCUUUGUAUCGCUGUGCUUAUCUUCGGUUUCAUUGGAUUUGGCUUUGGAACGUAUGCCUCAGUUUCUGCAAUUGUGAAGUUUUUCAGGGAUGGCGAUCCAACAAGUGCUAAAAACCGCUGUUGAUUAGAGUAUUUCAAGUUAAUGGAACAUCUGUAACAUUUGGUCAGACGACCAUUUUGCAUCUACACAGAUGUGUUUAAUUUGUAAAAUCUAUGCUAUGGUUAUUUUACCAAGUUGUAUACAAUCUUAUGGCGCUAUGCCACUUCAUUGAAUAA